GUGUUCCCAAGCGCGGUCACCCAUCUAAGUACUGAUCAUGCUCAACGUUGCUUAACUUCAGUGAUCGGAGGAGAACUGGUGCAUAAAAUACAACGUAAUUUAACCAUUGACAAAAAUAGGGGUUCAGCAAAUCAAGAAAACGUUCGCGAGAAAUUUGCGCGAGAAAUAUAACCUGAAAACUUCAGUCCUCAGUGGCGAAUGUCGCGGUAUGGCGGUCGGAGGCAUCUUUAAGUUACGCGACGAUUUUUCUAGCGACUGACGAUCUCCGGACCGCGUGCGAAGAUGCUCAACUUUCUGAGGACCUCGGCCUCGAUGCAGAAUGCUCGUAUUAUGUCAACCCGCUCGAUGUCAGUCUGCUCUUUCUGCAAUCACUUCCAUCAUCUCGGCUCUCUCGGACCGAGAUACACUCUGCUUCGUCAUUAUGCAACAACCGAUACCAUAGAACUGCAUGCUCCUCAGAAGAAGAAGACUAAACGUCGCUCUAAGAAAUAUGCAGAGUUACUGGAAGUAACCGAUCAGACAACUAGCAACAGAAAAGCAGCGGUGCACAAGUUAAACUCCGCUUAUGUAUCUAUUUUGGUCGGUCAGCCUGAUGUGACACUGGACAAACUGCAUAGGAUCUCUAAUUUUCAUCUCGAUAAGAAAACAGCUUCGACACAAGCUGAAGAUACUAAAGCUGGCCCUAAGAAAGAUUUGGUUUACCCUGAAGACAACGUGGACAAUGUAUCUCACAAUGUUCUUAAAGAAUCUGACGAAUAUUUAAAGGACAAAUCUACCAUAGUGGAGGAUUUAAAGGAGUACGGCAUGAGUGACAAUACUAUGUUGAUUAAAGACUCCUCUUUUCUGGAUACGUUGCAGAGUGACAACACAGACAAGAGUCAGGAGGACAUCACACAGAUGUUUCUCAAGCACGACGAGAUUCCAAAUCCAUCUACAGGGCUUAGCAUGACGACGAAAAAGGAUCAUAACGAAGAUUCUCUCUCCGGACAGAACUUGAUAUCUCAGUUGCAGGCGCACAUGGACGUCUACAUACAGAUCGGAAUGUCGAGUAGAGCCUUCAAGAUGUUGAUGUUGAAUAAGGAUCAGCUCAAGCGUAGCAAUAUCUCCCCCGUCACGUUGUAUAAUCUGCUCAUGGAGACUUACGUUUCUAAUUCGCGCCUGGAAAAGGUUUUUGAAAUCUACAGAUUGAUGAAAGUGGAGUCUGUCCGACCAAAUCGACGAACGUAUGCUCUCAUGUUCGAAAUGAUCGGAAGGAUGAAGAAUGACGAGAAACGAACAGAUUGCGGGACAGAAGUGGUAGCGGACAUGAGUCGCGGAGGCGUUUCCUUCAAUGACGUAAUGAACACGCGGAUGAAUGCGACGCAACGCGAAACCGUUCUUCAAUGUAUCCAAUUCUUGGAUCCGCAAUAUGAGGUACAAUAUAGGGAAAUCAACAGUGCCCACAACUGCAAAUUAUUACGGAAACUGAUGAAGAACAGCAACUAUCAGAGCCCAGCCAGGAAUGUAGUAGAUAUGAAUGAGCUGCGGGACAUGGUCAAAAAGCAAGUUGAUAUGGAAAGGCAGUGCGAGCUGGAGGUGAAGAGCAUCGCACCAUUCAACGGAGAUCCCGACGUUAGGCAGCAAGCUAUCGAACGAAUCACGGAAUGGGAAAAAUCUUGGAAAACUGUGGUGACGCAUGCUUUUGAGAGGAACUUGACUUAUCAGAAACAGAAGGAGCUGAUGAUAAAACCCGACUUCAAGGCAUUACACCCGUUUCUAGAAGUGCUGCCCAAGGAGGAGUAUAUCAACGCGAUUCUACGUGAAAUUAACGAAUUAGCUAGAUUCUCCGACGCGUACAGCACUUCUAUGACGAAUCUAUACCUAUCGCUAGGAAAAUAUAUUAAUAAAAAGUAUCAGUUUCAGAGAAAGUUGAAGGCCGGCGUUAUAGAAAACUCCAUUAAACUCUACGAGAGAUAUCUGGACUGGUACAUGCAGAAGAAGCGCGUAGACGACGCGAACGGGCGCGUCAAGUGGCAGCAGCUCGCCCAGGAGGCCAACCAGUCCGGCAUCCGUUCCGAGAUGGCGGUGCCGGAGUGGCCGCGCAACGUUCUGCUCAGUGUAGGCGAAUUCCUGUACAAGAUCAUUCUGAACGACGUGAAAAUCCCGCACGGGUCCAAGCCGGACGCGUCCGAGCGGCAGAUACCCGCGUUCUACCUCCUCUUCAGGAAGCAAACCAAUCACUUCCUGACGGAGGAGAUCAAACCGCAUCCCUACCUGCACCGGCUCUACAAGGACUCGCAUCCGGAGACGUUGACCUUUGAGACGAUCCUCCUGCCGACUUGCUCGCCGCCGCGACCCUGGGUCGACAUAGACACCGGCGGCUACCUGUUCUCCAAAGUGAGCUUCAUCCGCGAUCCGUACAUGACGCCGACCCUCCUGCUGAGGAAUACCCCGAUCAGGCAAUUGUAUCCCGCGCUGGAUUGCCUGAAUCAGCUUGGUUCGAUCCCAUGGAGGAUUAAUGAGCCUAUGCUGGACCUUCUGAUUGGGAUUUUCCGCGAGGGCGGCUCGGAGAAGCUGGACGUACCUCGACCAUCCUCGGCGCUGCCCUCCCUGUCCGAAUUAAUCUCGUCGGGUGACGUGAACAAGGGUAAGACGGCGAAACUGGUGCUUCAGCUCAGACGCAGGAAGAACGAAAUGUACUCGCUGUGGUGUGAUUGCCUCUACAAGCUGUCCCUCGCUAAUCACUUCAGGGACAAAGUCUUCUGGCUGCCGCACAAUCUGGAUUUUAGGGGCAGAGCCUACCCGGUGCCGCCUCACCUGACCCACCUAGCUGCUGAUUUGGGCCGCUCAAUUCUCAUGUUCGCCAAAGGGAAACCUUUGGGUUCACGGGGUUUGGACUGGUUGAAGAUUCACACGAUAAACCUGACCGGGAUGAAGAAGAGGGAGCCGAUAGACGCCCGGUUGAAGUUCGCGAACGAGGUAUUAGACCUGAUUGUGGACAGCGCGAGGAAACCCUUGACGGGGGAGAUGUGGUGGACCAAGUCUGACGAGCCGUGGCAGACUCUGGCUGCGUGCAAGGAGAUAGACAACGCUUUGCAGUCCCCGGACCCGGAGAGGUACGUUUGCAAACUACCGAUUCACCAGGACGGCAGUUGCAACGGGUUGCAGCACUACGCGGCCCUCGGCAGGGAUCAGAUUGGUGCGGAAAGCGUGAACCUGUAUCCCGCGGACACACCGCAGGAUGUGUACAGCGUCGUAGCGACCAUGGUUGAUGAGUACAGGAGGAAGGACGCGGAGGCCGGCGACGAGGUGGCCAUAGCCUUGGAGGGCUACGUCACGAGGAAGGUCAUCAAGCAGACUGUGAUGACCACGGUUUACGGUGUGACCAAGUUCGGUGGUAGACUUCAAAUAGCCCGACAGCUGAGCGACCUGAAGGAGUUCAAUCAGAAUUACACUUGGAGCGGCAGCCUCUACCUGGUCGAGAAGACCUUCCAAUCCCUCCGAACCAUGUUCACGAGCGCGAAAGAGAUCCAGGACUGGUUCACGGACUGCGCUCGCGUCAUCUCCACCAGAUGCAAUCAGUACGUGCAGUGGGUGACUCCCUUAGGCCUUCCGGUCCUGCAACCCUACUUUAAGCGUAUCAAGUCGUCUAGUCAGAACAAGCUGAUCAGGAAACCGGACACUCUGAAGCAAAAGAAUGCCUUUCCGCCGAAUUUUAUCCACUCUUUGGACUCCAGUCACAUGAUGCUGACAAGCCUGCAUUCUGAACAAGCGGGGAUCACGUUCAUGUCGGUGCACGACUGUUUCUGGACGCAUGCCUGCACUGUAGAUAUUAUGAAUAAAAUCUGUCGAGAACAAUUUAUCGCGCUUCAUCGCGAGCCCAUUCUCGAAGAUUUGUCCAAGUUCCUUAGUGAGCGAUACGAAAAGCACUUUACAAGUGGCCAGAGGCUCGUGAAACAAAGAGACAACGAUCUUUCGUUGGAGAUUUUUAAGAAGCUACCGAAAAAGGGUGAUUUCGACAUCAACAAAGUCCAGUCGUCAAAAUACUUCUUUAGUUGAACUUUAGAUGUAUUUUUAUGUUUCCAAGAAACAUAAGCUUAUCAUUAAAUGUAUACAAUCCAUAUGAACAUGUUACGAACCUGUAACUUAACGACUUUAAUUAAUAUUGUUAAUUUCCAGAUA